AAAUAAAACUCGAAGAAGUUUUUCUAUGAAGUUGCAUCACAUCAGAUGUGCCUUCUACAAUUUAUUAAAAGAAUAUGCCGGAGAUCGAACAAAUCAACGAAGGUUGUAUACUUAAAAUAUAUUGUUCAGGUGCCUCGAAAGCACUGACAAGGUGCCGAUGAUGUUUUUUUUGACUAUAAUUAUAAGGGCAUGAUGUUAGUAUUCCUUGUGACUCUACAAAAGACAUUUUCAUCAACAAGUAUUAUGAGCAUAAUAAUCGAAGGUAUAUACGACACAGCUUAAAUAUUUGCUUGUGUUGUCGCUAAAUCGGAUCGACGGUGGCACCAUUUUUACCAUCUGUCUCCAUUUUCUUUUUAAAACAUUUUUGCUGUUGGUUCCGUAUUUUUGAGGUGUUACUUGAGUAGCAGAAUCGUUGUCUUACUUGACACGCCUAUGAAAUCCUAUCUCACUGAGUACCAUAUUGCAUAAGACCUUUCGGUUCUCCAUCCAGUUUUUUCCGCUUACUUUAUGCUUUAGCUCUAUGAAAAAUUUCAAAAUAUUACAGAGAGUGAACAAGGAAAUAAAAAUUCCGCAAGUACUUGAAAAAAUGAAAAGCGGCGUAUUCAAAUAAAACGGAGCGAAAAUUAUGAAGUAAUGAAGCAAAUAAAAAUUGUGCACCAGUGGGAACGAAAAUUUGUGUGGCUUUUUAAUUUAACCAUUUAGUCAUGGGAAAGUGGAGAUUCGAAGGGUCAGAACGUGAAAGUUUCGUUGUAAGGGCAGGCUUGUCAAAUAAAAUGGUAUAAAAAUAGAUACCGAAUAAAAGAAAGUCUUCCACUGAUGUUCAGCCUUUGACGUCUCUUCGUUUUCCGGGUUUUACGUCUGAUACCGCAGUUAGGUACACUAAAAGGCCCUUAUAUCCUAGCAGGAAACGAAGUGUUUCUGCGCCUAGUUCGUACCUACAUCACAAUGUGUCCUUCAUAUCAGGAAGCAAGUAGGUUACCCACUAAGCUAUUACGGGGACAGCCUUUUAAAUUUAGAAGUACACAAUUAAAGAAACAAAAAUAAGGCGCCCCAAGAAUGAAGCAGACGACGGUGUGUCUCACCCUCUACUUCUACUGUCGUUAUCGCACUAUCGAGGAUGAAAGAACGAUGGUUGUCAAAACGGAACAGCACGUUUAUGACGGACUGGUAAACCCCGUCGGACAGCUUUAGAUGCGCGAGAGCAACUACCAGCCGUGGUUGGAAGGUGGACCAGCAACUUGCUGAUUAACGAACAGCCAACAGAAGAUAUCCAUUUGACAAGAAACAACGAAAAGUGAGUAACCGACUAAAAGGUUGUCCUUUGCUGGAUUGUUUGUACGCGCGGUUCGAUUGUAAUUACACAGAUUUGCAGAACAUUUACCACCCUUCAUUCGGCUGUCAGCAGUCAAGCGUCACCAUUGUAAAGAUCAUGGUGAAAAUAGGAAUUAUUGGAGGCUCCGGUCUGGAGGACCCGGAACUGCUUAAGGAAAAGGUGGAAAAACAAGUCGACACUCCCUACGGAAAGCCUUCGGACGCGCUGAUCUCUGGGAAAAUUGAUGGGAUCGACGUAGUGAUACUUUCUAGGCAUGGACGCCGCCACACGAUUAAUCCAAGUAAUGUUAACUAUCGCGCAAAUUUGUUUGCGCUCAAACAGGAGGGAUGCAGUCAUAUACUCGUAACCACAGCAUGUGGCUCACUGAAGGAGGAGGUGCGUCCAGGAAAUUUUAUGACGCCUAAUACAUUUAUCGAUCGGACUUACCGCCGCAUUCAGACGUUCUAUGAUGGUGAAGAAGGUGAGGGUCGCUUUAAAGGUGUCUGUCACCUUCCCAUGACAAAGCCGUUCUGUGAAACUCUGUCCAAAUUAUUGUCAGAGACAGCAGGUGAACUGGGCUUGACUUGCCACCCUAAAGGCACCGUGGUCUGUAUCGAGGGGCCUCGUUUUUCAACAGUCGCGGAAUCUAAUGUCUUCAGACAAUGGGGUGCCGAUUUGGUCAAUAUGACAGUCGUUCCCGAAGUCGUGCUUGCCCAUGAGCUUGGGAUCCCGUAUGCCGCAUUGGCUAUUACCACCGACUACGAUUGCUGGCGGGAGGAAACUGUCGAUGUUGAAAAAGUCAUGUCCACUUUAAAAUUAGCUGCAGAUGGGGCGUGUCGCAUUCUGAGGGCAACCCUGCCAAAAGUCGCUGGCUAUGACUGGCAUAAAAUAAACAACAAUCUCGUUGACCAACUCAAGAUCGCUGUGAUGCACACCAAGUAGCGCAACUGGAGCGGUUGCAAUCGUAAUCCCUAUUAGAUAGAGCACAUAUAGCCCAUUGAUACUAAUAUUGAAACGUUAAUAUAAAGCGGUUAGUGAGCAGUCAGUUAAUGGUCCAAAGAUUUGAAGACCGUCUGGACAUGUAAAACGAUUAUACAUCAGUCACAGAAUACAUUCCAAGCUGAAUGAGUCAUAAUAAUAUAUACACAUAAUAAAUAAAUAUACACAUUAAAAAGUUUUUUCAUUUGCACAAGUAGUUAAUUGGCAAUAUUUGAAUAAUAUAUAUUACUUCCGAGCAUUCGCAGGGUAGUUACAGGGUUCCGAUAAAAACAAUUGUAAUUUUUGUAAAGUCAACUUGUGCAAAAAAAAUUUACUUUUUUUGCACAAGUACAAGAUCUAUAGAAGGUUAGUUAUUAGAACUCUUAUCUGAGUUAAAUCGAUUCAUACGUUACAAUCAAUUAAAAUAAUUGAUGCGAAAACGUGUUAAUAAUAUUUCCUUUUAUAAUCAACUGAUUUAAAAAUUCCUUACUGAAAAAGGAGCUGCAUUAUUCUAGGGUUUUAGAACAUUAAAUUUAAGACUUGUUUCACACAAGAGGUAGCUGUCGCCUGUUUUGCACAGAAAGAUGAAUCGUUCGAAAAACAAGUACAGAACGAAACGCACUACACUUCUGUCAAUAGGAUGACCAUUGAAGAUUUAAUCCAAUCGGAAAUACCAAAAACUCUCGAAGUUGAGGUUUACCGAGUUCAGCGUUCCCUGAACGAAAUCUAUUUGUUAAUUAGUGACGCCCUGUAUUAAAUAUAUCAAUAUAUUACGGAUCUGUCACAAUAGCCCUUAAGCUUAGUUAUCAAUGUAGUAAUUAAUAGGCGGAUUAGAAUCUAAAGUAUGAUCUUUCGGAACUCUGAACCUUUAUCAUUAUAUGAAAAUCCUAGAAUGCUUGCGGCUGUUCUUGAAAGUCGAAAACGUUUAAUAUUUAAAACCAAUUAGAAUUUCAACUAUAACUUUCAGCACUUCUGAACCUCCGUUAAUAUAUACAAUCCAGUGACGUG